AUGAGUGGUGACGACGAAUCCUCUCAUACAGAACAGACGAACUCUCCUGAACGAAAAACGGGCAAAUCAUUCUUUAUUGAAGACAUCUUAACCAAGGAUACAGAAUCGGAUGCCAGGCGUAAGAGUACGGAGUCAUACUACAGUCCCUACAAGUGCUUUGAGUCAUCGGAACAGAAAUCACCAUGCAGCAGAUCUUACGAAAACGCCUCGACGUGUGGCUGUCGCUCAUGCCAGGAGUUAAGAGAGCACGCGCCACCAAGUUACGUCACUGGAGAAACGACGUCAGGUGUCUCCAUAACGGAGAUCAAUAAUACAGAAACUGUGAAACUUCAAACUGAGCUGGAAUCUUCAAGAAGCAGUUCACAAACAAAUAAUACAAAAUUGAAGAAGAAGACGAGAACAGUGUUUUCAAGGGCUCAGAUAUUUUAUCUAGAAGCCGCAUUUGAUGCGAAACGCUACUUAUCCAGUGCAGAGCGGGCAGAAUUAGCCCUAACUCUCCAUCUCUCGGAGACACAGGUCAAGGUCUGGUUCCAAAAUCGACGAAACAAAUGGAAAUCACAAAUGGCAGAAGAUAACAAAUUUCCAAACAAUCAGGAACCAAAUCAUUUGUACUCUGGUCACCCGUUGGCUCCAAGGUGUCACUUAGGCUUGGGACCGAUUCCUCCAUCCCCACGCCUCUUGAGUCAUCAUAUGCUUUACUUUUGA